UAUAAAGCUUUCAAAACACACUAGUAUGAAGUUGGCGCUCACAUCCCCUAUUCUUCGCGCUUUCUAAAACCCCCAAUUUUGUCAGUUGCUCUCUGCGACACUCCGAACACGGCAAAAGAGAACAAAAACGAGCCUCUAAAUUUGAAGAUGGCCACCAAAUUCGACGAUCUGCUCACUUCCGAAUUCGAUGAUAUACCCUUACUUACCGUUAAAAAAAGGAAAAAAGGAAUUAUUGGCUUGGAUGAUCUUUUCAAUGAUCACAAGAAGGAGCAACUGAAUAAAAAGAAGGGAAAGCUUAAGACUUCAAAGACUAGGAAAUGUUGUGUCUCAGAUGAUGAGGAUGAUGCUGUUGCUGCUGCUAACGAGACUGAAAAUAAACUUACUGAAGCUCUUCAUGAUUUUAAGAAGACGAUGUGUGAAGUUGACGGGCAUGAUGGUGCUUUAAACGAUAUUGGGCGGGAAGACACUACCUCAAGUUGGGGGCUGCAAGUUUUUGGAACUCAGAGAACUCCAUCACCCUUGGUUGUUCCUCAUUUAGAAGGUUGCUUGCUGCUACAGAGUUCUGUGAACAAUGUACUCGAUGAGUUGUUGGAUAGUUCACAGAUGGGAGCGACAUUUCUUGAAGGAUUACUCUUAAAUGGCUGGCUUUCAAAAUUGAUUAUAACCCGUGGCUAUCUGGAAGAAUCAAUAGCAAAAUGGACCAUUAAUUUAUUGUUUUACUCUUCGGAUGAAUCACUAAUGGCUUCUGCUUCUGACUUUUGGUGUACUAUUUUUUGCAACAAGGCUGAUGCACCUGUGGUUAAGAUUGAAUGGCUCCCUGGCUUUGUGGAACUCAACAGAGCUCUUGAAACCUUUGGAUUUCAGCUGCAUUCAUCAACAAAAGUCUUGUCUCGUGUAGAUUCAACUCUUGACACAGGUUCUAAACAAAGAGGGCCAUCAACUAACAUCAGAACAUGGAUCAAAUUUGCAGAUGCUUGCUUUCAAGUAAGGAGUAGAUAUUUGGUAUUAUCAAUACGAGAAGCAGAAGAACUCAUAGGAAUACUUAUCUGUCUGUUUCUGGAAAGGCAAUUACUAGGCUUAAGUGGAGUCUUACAUGAUUGCUUGCUAUCAGCUGUUAAUUUUUUUGAGGAGAAAGAAUGGGAUAGCAGCUGUGAGAAAGUAGCAAAAUCGAUUGCAGACAGAAUACCUAGAGAUUUAAACUGCUUGAGGGCAGUGGAUAGUAUUUCAGUAGUUGAUACUCGCAGCAAGCAACUCAGAAGUGUUGUAGCUUUUCAAUUUCUCACAACUUGUUAUGCUGAGCUGACAGAUGCAAAGGGUCUCCUGAAAUUUCUGCUGUCAAGUAAUUUGAAAGACAAGAGCUGUAAUCUUUUCAAGAUAUAUCUGUGCUUAGUUCUUACUGAAAAUUGGCUCCUUUUUGGCAAUGUAUCCGAACCUCGGGUCAAUGAGUUGUGGAGCAGCCUCAUCCGCAAGUGUUCUAUCCAAAUUUCCAACACCAAUUUUAGGCCUUUUGCUCAAGAGAUUCGUAGCAGAGCUUCGUAUCUUCAACAUAGCACAAUAAGAGAUUGAUGGUUUUUGCAUUUUAUGAAGAUAGUUGAAGCUUAUAUAUAUUGCACAUAUUAAUAUCCGUUUGGACGAUGCCUGGACCAAUGGUAGGUGAAACUGAUGCAAGAUAUUGACGACUGAGUCAAGCUAUUGCUCAUCAGUGCCUUCAAAUUUUUCUUCUUUUAUCUUAUUGGUUGAAAAGCUUUUGAGCUAAAUUUUUUGUAGGAUAGUCCAGCACCAGGCCUCUCUUUAACAACUUCGUGAUUUUGAAUCCUCUCGUGUACAAAUGAAUUGAAUGCCCUACAUAAUUUGCAACAACUUCGUGAUUUUGAAU